AACAUUGUAGAGAACUAAGCUUCACAUGGCUUUUGUUGGUAAUAUUGGUGCUACUGCGGAGUUGGAUGACCAGAUAAAAGAGUAUUUAUUAUUUCGUGGAUUCACGGCGGCUGCGAGGACAUUCGAAAGCGAAAUCAGCAAGGUUAAUUCCGGUCCACCUAAUUUUCCGUCCUCACUGUCAACUGGAUUUGAAAAAAGCUGUAACGUUGAUAAACUUGUUGAGUCUUUGAUGAGUCUAAUUUCAUCUCACGAUCUUACGCAGCUAUCGAACUUAUGGAAUUUUAUUAGCAAAAGGUACUUCUCAAGCUGUGACUCAGGUCAAUCCAGUGCCUUACGAAAAAUUGAACUCAGUUUAUUCCGAUGUUUCCUCGUCAACUGUGUAACAAGUGGAAGAUCUGACAAAAUACUUGAGUUCUUUGAGAAGUCUGCCAAGUUGAUGCCGCAUUACGACUGGGGUGAAUGGUAUGGCCUGCCGUAUGUGAAAAAUCCCGAAUUGAAUGAUCGCUUUGCCCCAUUUUUUCAGCGAGCUUGGCAGGAAACAUUUGUUAUUUCUUUGCACAAUUUCCUUAACAUAAUUUUUAUGUCAGCUCCUAAACCAAGUUUAUUGAACAACCGACACGAAGCGUCUUUGUUGCAGUAUUUACGAGACGAGAAUUUUCUUUUGAAAGAACAGAUAAUUGCGAAGCAGAAGUCAUCCGAUGUAUCUACAAGUCUUGACUCAACGAUUGAGGCAAAGGUAAUAUCUAAUUCGCAGCAUAAUGAGCUAAAUACUAGGAGUGAAGAGGACUGGGUGUUUCAAGAAAAUUACUACUCGGCUAAAGAAGUGAAACAAGGACCGAGUUCAGGGCGAAAUUUGAUGGCGAAUGGCUUUGGAAUCAAACAAACUAUCAAGUCAGCUAUUCCCAAGGCUCGUGGCAUAACUGGAGGACGUUCUAAUGCUUCGUGAUUUACAUGUAUUCAAAUAUCUCAAAUUAGUUAAUUAAAAAAUUUUGAACAGU